GCAAGGAUGGCCAGCCUUGCAGAAGAAAGAGAGCAGGAGACCGGCCUGUUUGCUCAUUUGUCGGUGGCUUUGUGGACUCGGAUCUGGGCUCGGAUGCUGGUCCUUGGAUGGUCCUGAAGGAGCCAUGAGCCCCCGGGUCUUCUCCAAGCCCCCCGACGGGGGCUGGGGCUGGAUGGUGGUCCUGGCGGCCUUCUGCCAGUCGGCCUUGGUCUUCGGGGUGGUGCGCUCCUUUGGGGUCUUCUUUGUGGAGUUCGUGGCCCACUUCCAGGAGUCGUCCAGCAGCACCUCGUGGAUCACCUCCGUCUGCAUCGCCACCUUGAUGUGCGGAAGUCCCUUGGCCACCGGGUUGGGCAAACGUUUUGGAGAGCGGCCCGUGGCCAUGCUGGGCGGCUUCCUUUCGGGCUUCGGUCUCCUCUUGGCCUCCAUUGCCACCAGCUUGGCUCAGCUCUACCUCUUCAUCGGCCUACUCACAGGUGUCGGUGGGGCCUUGAUCUUCGCUCCUUCCCUUUCUCUGGUGGCUCGGUAUUUCGACCGGCGCCGAGCCGUGGCCAAUGCGGUGGCCUUCUCCGGCGCGGGUAUCGCGGCCCUGGGUUUUUCACCACUUUUCCAGCUGCUGGUGGAUAGCUAUGGUUGGCGUGGAGGUCUCCAGAUCGUGUCCGGCAUGGUCUUCAACCUGGUGGUCUGCGGGGCCCUCCUCCGGCCCCUGCGCCUGGCCACCGAGGAGACCAAGGCCUCUCCGGAGGUGCCAGGCCGAGGGCGGAGGCUGGUGCUGCUCUUUGGGCUGGACCUGCUCCUCCACCGCGACUUCCUCAUCUUUAGCGGCGCAGGGAUGCUGAUCACCUGCGGCUACUUCAUCCCCUUCGCCCACCUGGUGCCCCACGCCAGGGAGAUGGGCCUCGACGAAUACCAAGCCGCCUUCCUGGUCUCCGCGGUGGGCGUCUCGGACAUCGUGGGCCGGGUGCUGGCCGGGGGCCUGGCCGGGUGGACCUCCCUCCGCCUGGUCCACAGCCUGGCCAUCUGGACGGUGCUCACGGGCCUCUCCUUGCUGGCGGUGCCCUUGGGGCGCAGCUACGUGGCCAUGAUGGCCAUCAGCGUGGCCUACGGCUUCCUGGCCAGUGCCGUCAUCCCACUCAAGUUCUCCAGCCUGGUGGAAAUCGUGGGCACGGAGCAGCUCAUGGGUGCCAUCGGGCUGAUCCACAUGCUGGAGAGCCUCGAGGCUCUGGUCGGACCCCCGCUCUCAGGCUGGAUCCGUGACUGGACCGGCAGCUACAACGCGUCUUUCCUGGCGGGAGGUGCUUUCGUCACCGGGGGAGGUUUGGUUCUUCUGAUGUUACCUGGUUUCUUCUCUUUUCGCCCUCCUGCCUCCCCCAAAAAACUUUCCAGAAGGACAGAAGUUGGAGAAGUUGCCGGAUCCGAACCAACGGAAUAG